UGCAUCUCUAUCCACAUUGGCCAGGCUGGAGUUCAGAUGGGAAAUGCAUGCUGGGAGCUCUACUGCUUGGAACAUGGGAUCGAGCCAGAUGGGCGAAUUCCUAAGAAUCGGGCCUUUGACGGCGAUUCUUCAUUUGGAACAUUCUUCAGCGAAACAGGAUCGGGAAAGCAUGUCCCCAGAGCUUUGUUUGUUGACCUUGAACCAUCCGUCAUAGACGAGAUCCGCACCGGAACUUUCCGCACCUUGUUUCAUCCUGAGCAACUCAUCAACGGCAAUGAAGAUGCAGCAAACAACUACGCUCGAGGCCACUACACCAUCGGGAAAGAGGUCAUCCAGCCAGUGAUUGACAGAGCCCGUAAGAUGGCUGACCAGUGCGAUGGCCUACAGGGCUUCCUCGUCUUCCACAGCUUCGGCGGAGGCACAGGUUCAGGUUUUACGUCCCUCUUGAUGGGACAGCUCUCGGUCGAAUUUGGGAAGAAAGCCAAGCUGGAGUUCUCUGUAUACCCUGCCCCACGGAUCUCUACAGCAGUGGUAGAGCCCUACAACUCCAUCCUGACCACCCACACUACACUGGAGCACUCGGAUUGCUCCUUCAUGGUGGACAACGAGGCCAUCUACGACAUCUGCAACCGGAAUCUCAAUGUUGAGCGUCCAACGUACAUCAACCUCAACAGGUUGAUUGGGCAGAUUGUGUCGUCCAUCACCGCUUCCCUGAGAUUUGACGGUGCCUUGAAUGUCGACCUCACUGAGUUCCAGACCAACUUGGUGCCCUAUCCCAGGAUCCACUUCCCGCUGACCACUUACGCCCCCAUCAUCUCCGCUGAAAAGGCCUACCACGAGCAGCUCUCGGUGCCGGAAAUCACCAACGCCUGCUUCGAGUUCUCCAACCAGAUGGUGAAAUGUGACCCUCGCCGAGGCAAGUACAUGGCAUGCUGCUUGCUCUACCGAGGCGACGUGGUGCCCAAAGACGUCAAUGCUGCUAUAGCGGCCAUUAAAAGCAGGAGGUCCAUCCAGUUUGUGGACUGGUGCCCAACAGGUUUCAAGGUGGGCAUCAACUACCAGCCUCCUACGGUGGUGCCCAGUGGAGACCUAGCAAAGGUGCAGCGAGCCGUCUGCAUGCUGAGCAACACGACGGCCAUUGCGGAGGCUUGGGCCCGCCUGGAUCACAAGUUUGACCUGAUGUAUGCCAAGCGGGCCUUUGUGCACUGGUAUGUUGGGGAGGGCAUGGAGGAAGGGGAGUUCUCUGAAGCUCGGGAAGAUAUGGCCGCUCUGGAGAAGGAUUAUGAAGAAGUCGGGAGGGAUUCUGCUGAUGAGGAGGAAGAUGAGUAUGAAGAUUACUGAUCCCUUCAAAAAAGAUAUGCC